AUGGUUGCAGGCAUCUUGUUUACUAGAAAUGACUCCCAGAAUAGUGCGCCAUUCAGCUCGAUGGAAACAUACAUGCGCUUCUCUGGAUAUAUUGAUGUCUCUUUCUGUUGGUUUCCCUCAAAUUUGAGUCCUUUAAUCUAUAAAGCAAGUAUCAAAUUAUCGGAAAAUUUGGAUCUACUUGAAAAAUCUGAGAAUAUACCGCAUUGUAUUGUGCUUUCUGGUCUAGGUACUUGUUUCAAAGCCAAACGGGGUCAGGAUACGAAGCCUGGAUAG